CUGAAGACGGCCAUACCAGUCUGAUUGCAUUUCCUUGGUAAAGUAAUUGUUUUAAAAUCGAUUGGCCCGUCUCUCAUUUACAUGAAACCCUUAAUGCAGGUGUACUGUAAUUUGGUCCCAUAUAAAGGCCCUUUUACAUGGCUGGUGUAAGUGAGAAUCAGGUCCUUUGACAACGUAACUUGAUUAGAGGAUUUCGAUUGCCGCGAUGCUGGGGAAGAUGGCGGCAGCUGUUCAAACCUUUGCGUGCCUCGUGGUGCUCAGCAGCUUACAAGCUUACGAGGCCUGUCAGGUGAAUGGGAUUGUCCGUGGCACGGUGUAUCUAAACCCCAUACUGUCAGUCCCAGAGAAUUACCAGCAGAUCAUCUGGCGGUUCAAUGAGUCCCAAAAGAUCCUGACUAAAAAAUGGAAUCAGCCAGUGUCUUAUCCCAGUGGCUCUUUUCAUAAUAAACUGCGUUACUACGAAAAUCACACCCUGGAAAUUAACCAGCUGCAGAAGCAAGACAGCGGCACCUUCCGGAUGGAAGUGGAAGACAACCUAAGCAAGAAGACAAAUGAAUUAUUCCGACUGGACGUGUACGAGCCCGUCCCUAAACCCAGGGUGAACUUCACUAUCAGGGCCAACAAAGAUGGAUGGUGCAAUGUCACCCUGGCGUGCAUUGUGGAUGCCACCCAAGUGACCUACCACUGGUGCAAGAAUGAAAAGGAUUUAGUGGGCAAAAAUAGCAGCACACUGGACGUUGCGUUAAAGUCAGAAAGUGCCGCGUCUUACAAAUGCAUCGUCAGCAACCCCGCCAGCAAAGAGACGGGCUUCAUCUAUUACAGAAGCCCUUGCACGUGGAAUGAAAAAAACUCAGCCGUGCCCUUGUCCCUGGCUCGGAAGACGGCCGAUUCCAUCCUGGCGUUUGGAUUUCUCCUCCUCGUCCAUAACUGGGUCUAAGGCUGUCAUUCCCAUGGAAGCCCAGGGAACGCAACGAACCCCUCGAUUGUCUCCGCCUGGUCAGAGGCGGCUCUAUGGUUUUUGCCACCCCAAGCAUGGCAGUCAGACGGCUUUUGGCGGCACGCCUGCGGGUGGUCCACUGGUCACGUGGAUUCGGCGGCAUGCCUGCGGGAGGU